UCUGUACUGUGUGAUCUGCUUAUUUAAAAAAAGAUCAAAAUAAUGUUUUUAGUAAAAAUGAAAACAGAUCAUGUUGAAAAAGCUGAGAAGACGGGGAAAAAUGGUCCAAAAGAGAAAUGCGCCCUUUGUAAAACUCCUUGUGAAGUGUGCAUCAGAAAUAAGGAACUCGCAGAUAUUAUGGAAAAUCUGAAAGAUGAAGAUGUUCAACAUUAUAAAGAAAUGUUUCAAAUGUUUGACAAGGACGGAGAUGGAACUAUAUCUGUUAAAGAGUUGGGAACUGUUCUAAGAACUCUAGGAUUGAACCCCAGCGAAGAAGAGAUCAAUUUUAACGAGUUCUUCGCUAUGAUGAUGGCUGACUGAAGUAAUUUUAUUAACUUAUUUAUUUAUUUAAUUAUUUUCCAUUAGUUUAAUGUUGUAAUUAUCAGUCGUAAUUGUCAUAUCGUAAUAAAUGUCUUUAUUAUUCCA